UGUUCCUCUUCAAUCUCUGUUCUUCAGUUCAGCGAUGUUUGCAGCGAAGAAAGGAGACACUCUGUGCGUCUUUAUCAACGGGAAGAAGGUGACGGAGGAUCAUGCAGAUCCUGAAACCAUGUUGUUAUCCUUCCUCAGGGAAAACCUGAGGUUAACUGGAACCAAGUCUGGCUGUGGAGGUGGAGGAUGUGGGGCGUGCACAGUGAUGGUGUCACGCUACCGACCGACAACCAAAACCAUCUUCCAUUACUCAGCCAAUGCCUGCCUCCUGCCGCUCUGCCAGCUCCACGGCGCCGCCAUCACCACCGUGGAGGGCAUCGGCAACUCCAAGACCAGGAUCCACCCGGUGCAGGAGCGAAUAGCGAAGGCUCAUGGUUCCCAGUGUGGUUUCUGCACCCCGGGGAUGGUGAUGUCCAUGUAUGCUCUGCUGAGGAACAAACCCUGGCCGACCAUGGAGGACAUCACACAGGCCCUGGCUGGUAAUCUGUGUCGCUGCACCGGAUAUCGACCCAUCGUUGACGGCUGCAGGAGCUUCUGUCAGGAAAGCAGCUGCUGCCAGUCCAACGGAGACGAGAAAACCACUGAAACCAAACACGAAAAACCGCGGCUGUUUGACCAGGAAGAGUUUCUUCCUCUGGACCCGACCCAGGAUCUGAUCUUCCCUCCAGAACUGAUCCUGAUGGCAGAGACGGCGAACCAGCAGACGCUCACCUUCUGUGGGGAGAGGUCGACCUGGGUGUCCCCGGCCUCGCUGGAGGAGCUGGUCCAGCUGAAGAUCAGACACCCGACGGCGCCGCUGGUCAUGGGCAACACCAACACGGGUCCAGACAUGAAGUUUAAAGGUGUCCUCCACCCGCUGAUCAUCUCUCCCAGCAGAGUCCCGGAGCUGUUCGAGGUUUCUCUGACACCUCGUGGCGUUUGGGUCGGAGCGGGCUGCAGUCUGUCCGAGGUCCGCUGUCUGUUGGAGAAGCUGCUUCUUGAGUUCCCGGAGGAAGAAACCGAGCUGUUCAGAGCCCUGAUCCAGCAGCUGGGGAACCUGGGAAGCCAGCAGAUCCGGAACGUUGCAUCUCUUGGAGGGAAUGUUGUCAGUGCGUACCCCAACUCAGACCUGAACCCCGUCCUGGCUGCCGGGAAUGGAAGAGUCAGCGUCGUCUCUGGCGGAGGAAGACGAGAAGUUCCCCUGGAUCAGGAUUUCUUUGUGGGUUUUGGGAAAACCCUCCUGGAACCAGAAGAAGUCGUGGUCUCGGUUUUCAUUCCUUUUACAAGAAAGUGUAGUACCUUUGUUUGUCCUGCAGGGGGAAGUUUGUUUCGAGCUCUCCGUCAUGCACCAAGGAAGGAGCCUCGUUCGCUACCGUUGACGACCGGGAUGAGGGUGUGUUUCUCUGAGGGGUCCAGGGUAGUUCAGGACAUCAGCAUCUACUACGGGGGGGGACUGGGUCCGACCACCGUUAGUGCCACUAAAACCUGCAAAGCUAUCGUAGGAAGACCAUGGGAUGAAGGGACUCUCAGCCAGGCCUACAACGUCCUCCUGGAUGAGCUGGUCCUUCCUCCUUCAGCUCCUGGAGGGAAGGUUGACUUUCGUCGCUCCCUGACUCUCAGUCUUCUCUUCAAAUUCAACCUGGAGGUCCUCCAGAAGCUCAAAGAAAUGAACGUGAUCCCAGAUGAGCUUCCAGAGAAGUUGUUGCCUUUACCCGGAGAUAUCCAGCCAAGUCUGCAGGAGUUUCAGCCUGUGUCAGACAGCCAGAGCGUCCAUGACCCAGUGGGGCGUCCCAUGAUGCAUCGCUCUGCCGUCAGCCAUGCCACGGGCGAAGCCAUAUACUGCGACGACAUGCCCAGGACAGACGGAGAGCUCUUCCUGGUGCUGGUCACCAGCUCCCGAGCCCUAGCUAAGAUCAUAAACCUGGAUGUGAGCGCAGCCAUGCAGCUUCCUGGAGUUGUUGAUGUCAUCACGGCCAAAGAUAUUCCCGGGAAGAAGGAACGUGCAAUGUUCGGUUACAGUGAGGAGCUUCUUGCUGAGAAUAAGAUCCGUGAGGCCAACAUGUACACGGGGCCGUCCGCCACCCACUACAGGAUGGAGUUCAGCCCGGAGAACAUGCUGCGCUGCUGGGAGGACUGUAAGGUCCGGAGUGACUACAAUGCUCGGCGCAGAGCCGUCCACCAGUUUAACCAGCACCACCGCUGGAAGAAGAGAGGGCUGUCCAUCAUUCCCAUCAAAUACGGGGUCGCCUUCGCAGAAAGCUUCUUGAAUCAGGCUGCGGCUCUGGUCCACGUCUAUAAAGAUGGCUCUGUUCUGGUCUCUCAUGGUGGGACAGAGAUGGGUCAGGGCAUCCACACCAAAAUGCAACAGGUUGCGAGCCGGGAGCUUCACAUCCCGUCCUCUAAGAUCUACAUCAGUGAAACCAGCACCAGCACGGUUCCCAACACCUGUCCUUCAGCUGCUUCCUUUGGCACCGACGCUAACGGCAUGGCGGUCAAGAACGCCUGUGAGACUCUUUAUCAACGACUGAAGCCGAUUAGGGAGAAAAACCCCAAAGGAUCCUGGGAAACUUGGGUCAGAGCAGCUUUCUUUGAGAAGAUCAGCUUAUCGGCCACAGGAUACCACAGAGGUCCGGACCUUUACAUGGACUGGGACAAGAUGGAGGGCCAGCCCUACGCCUACUUCGUGUUUGGAGUGUGUUGCUCUGAGGUGGAGCUGGACUGCCUCACAGGAGACUACAGGACGGUGAGGACGGACAUCGUGGUCGACAUCGGCAGAAGCGUGAAUCCGUCUGUGGACAUCGGCCAGGUGGAAGGAGCAUUCAUGCAGGGUUUGGGACUUUACACUCUGGAGGAGUUGAAGUUUUCCCCUUCUGGGCUCCUGUACACUCGAGGUCCAUCUCAGUACAAGAUUCCAGCCAUCUGUGACGUGCCGCUUCGGCUCAACGUCUAUCUGCUGCCAAAUUCACACAACCCCCACGCCAUCUACUCCUCAAAAGGGAUCGGAGAACCCGUCCUCUUCCUCGGCAGCUCCGUGUUCUUUGCCAUUAAAGAUGCAGCGGCGGCGGCUCGAUCAGAGUCCGGUCUCAUUGGCCCGUUUUCUCUAGACAGCCCUGCGACUCCGGAGAAGGCCUGCCUGGCCUGCGCCUCGCCGUUCAUUCAGAAGAUUCCAGCCAGUGAACCAGGAUCCUUUAAACCAUGGGCCUUAAACAUCUGAAACUGGCUCAGACUUACUCUAAACUAAUCUUUACUAACUAAAGUAGUUAUUUUAGACUUUAAUCCUGAUUAUUCAACCACUACAUGAAUCUUUACAUGCAAUAUGUCUUAAAUACUUAAAUAAUGAAUAGUUUUAUAAUUUUCAUGCUUUCAUAUUUGGGCAUAUUUUCUAUUCAGCAAGAGUACUGAUAGUAAAAUCUUUAUAAUCAUCACAGCUAACAGAUUGACAUCUUGUGUGUUGAUGCUCGUGCUUAAUGUCUGUAUUUUAUCACCUGACUGUUAAUGAGAAAACAUAACUCUGUUUUAUAAAAUGUUUUGUGAUUGAACAGAAACUGGAGCGAAAGUAAAAAUGAAUAAACUUGUGAAUCUGGA